AUGCGGCUGCUCCGAGUCCGCGAUCUACGAUUCGAAAACUUCAUCGGCCAGGGCAUCCCGGACUACGCCAUUUUGUCUCACCGAUGGCAUGUCGACGAGGCAAUGCUCCUUGAUGUGCAGAUGGGAUCUUCAACAACCACACAAGGAAUGAUGAAAGUGUACGGCUUCGUCAACUACGUCAAGGAAAAUAUACCCAGCAUUGAGUAUGUUUGGAUUGACACAUGCUGUAUCGACCAGAAAAGCAAUCCGGAGGUGUCCGAGUCAAUAAAUUCCAUGUUCCGUUGGUAUUCCAAUGCUCGAGUCUGCAUAGCAUACCUGCGCGACGUCGACAAUGACGACUCCAGCUUUGAGCACAGUGAAUGGUUCUCUCGAGGCUGGACCUUGCAGGAACUGCUGGCUUCGCAAGUUGUCGUCUUCCUGUCUCGCGAUUGGAAAGUCAUCGGUCACAAAGGUCCAGAUGUAUCAUCAUCUAUCACCCGCAUGUCUUUUCACACAGGUCCUUUGCUCAAUCGCCGUGUCGCAGAUGCGACCAACAUCCCAGAGAGCGUGCUGCAAGACUUCCAGAGCGCAGUUGCCACGCUCGACAAAGAUGACAUAUUCAAAUGGAUGGAGAACCGACAAACGACCCGCGAAGAAGAUGAAUCGUAUUGCUUGCUAGGGCUGCUUGGUGUCAACAUGAAUAUUCGCUACGGCGAAGGACGAGAUCCGACUAAGCAGCGUCUGCUUAGGAAAAUAAAUAAGAAGCAAUUCCCAGAUGUUGAACAUGUCAGCGAGACCGGCGCCAUUAUUGGCAAUGUCUCUGUUUCUUUACAAGCAGCCUUCGAUGCCUCGAGUAAACAAAAUGAUCCCUUAUGCCUCGAGAGCACCAGGGCAGAUGUGUUGAAGCAAAUUCGCGCAUGGGUCACGGGCAAUGAGCCAAGCUGUAUCUUUUGGUUGAAUGGUAUGGCCGGGACAGGAAAGUCGACAAUUGCACGUACGAUCGCACGCGAGCUAAAUGGAAAGCACUAUCUUGGUGCUAGCUAUUUCUUCGUCCGAGGUAGUGGACCUGCUGUAUCGAACGCCGCACCUUUCUUCACGACCAUUGCCAACCAGCUUGCCAUUGCUAUGCCAGAGGUCAGACCGCAUAUGACAGCGGCCAUUGAACAACAGCCCGACAUUGGCAGCAAGUCACGCGAUGAUCAGUGGAACAGACUGAUAGUUGAGCCGUUCGCAAACUUGACAGCCCCAACGGAGAAACUGGUUGUCAUUAUUGUUGAUGCACUGGAUGAAUGUGAUGACGAUAAGGACAUGAGAGGCAUCGUCAACGUUCUGGCGCGAGCAAAUGAAGUUCCCAAUAUCCGGUUGCGCGUCAUCAUCACAAGUCGGCCAGAAACGCCAAUUCGUCUGGGCUUCAAAAAACUCCCUGAAAUUCUGCAUCAGGAUCUCCUGCUUCAUGACCAGCCUCGUCCGACCACGGACGGAGACAUUUGCUUGUUUCUGUAUAAUGAACUUGAAGAUAUCCGGGAGGCGCAUGGGCUGCCUGGCGACUGGCCGACCGUCGAUCAAGUCAACCAAUUAGUGCGAGCUGCUGGAGGGCUGUUCAUAUUUGCCGCCACAGCUUGCCGCUUCUUGCUCGAAUGCGACGAUGCAGAGGAUUCUCUUGAGCUAUUCCUUCGAGCCGAUGAUGAGUUGCCUGCUUCAGCAACACCCGAUAUUGCUGACGAGGCGCAAAAUCAAUGGACCGUCAUCUUGGAUGAGAUUUACAGCCAGAUCCUGACACGAGCAAACGUGAUAACAGCCCAGAUAUUGACAUCGUAUCGAUCUAAUGAUGGAAAUGGACAUAUCACUGGCUUGAUGGCGAGCCUUGCCGAACCCGUGAAUAUUGAGAUCCUUGCGAGAUUACUUCAAACCAAAACGUCCGUUGUGAACCACAGACUUGAGAAACUACACUCGAUUGUUCGCAUGUCCAAAGCCGUCGAAGAACCAAUUCGUUUCUUCCAUGCGUCUUUUCGCGAUUUCUUACUUCAAGAGCAUCGGAGCGGUCCCAUGGGCUUUUAUCUACCGCCAAAGACAGCUCAUAGUCGUCUACUGCAAGGAUGCUUCGCGAUCAUGCAUGAUGGUCUACAUCGAAAUAUGUGCGAUCUUGAGCAUUCAGGGGUACAGUACGAAAACAUUGGGGAUGCAAUAAUUGACAGAAUGAUCUCGCCGGCAUUGAAAUAUGCCUGUCGCUAUUGGACCUAUCACUGGGAGCGAUCCGAAUCUCAAGAUAAUCUCGUGGCUGAAUUCGUUGGGCAACACUUCUUGCACUGGCUUGAAACCAUGAGUCUCUUGGAUUUAUGGGAUGAGGCUAGCCUCAUGAUUGCUUCGAGUGUGAGAUUUCAGGCGGCAUCUGCAUGGCUUCAAGAUUUCCUGCGGGACGCACUGCGUCUCAUGUCCAAAUUUCGUCCAUGUGUUGGGCAAUGCCCUACACAAAUCUACGAAGCUGUCUUGUUUUUUGCGCCGCGCUCUAGUGUCAUCCGAAAGACAUUCCAGGACCAGAGACCACAAUGGAUAUCAAUGGUCGAGUCGAAAGAACAAGAAGAUUGGGAUUCCUGUUUACAGAUUCUUUGGGGUCACGCUCCGCACCCUAUCAGGAAGAUGUCUUUCGUGGACAACGGGAAGUAUUGGGUGUCGGCGACUUCGACAGCCGUCCGCAUGUGGGACACAGUCACCGGAGUGUGUACUCAGAGGAUCGAUCAAGUACCCUCGGAUUAUUAUCAGAUUGCGUUUGCGCCAGACGGAAACUUGAUCGCAAUGACUUCGGACGAUUGUAUCCAAUUGUGGAGCAUCAGGGAUGGCACCAAGAAAGCCGAACUGGAAGACGAUUCGUCUCACGGCUCAUACGUUACGCGACUCAUAUUCUCUCCAGCGAGCACUUUACUUGCAUCUGCGUCCGAAGACAACGUCAUACGAGUGUGGGAUGUUCAACGCGGCCUCUGCUUGCGCGAGCUUAAGGACCACAGUGGCGCGGUCACAAAAAUGAUGUUCUCAUCCGACGGCCGUGUACUAGCGUCUUUGGCGCCCGACCAUGAGCUGUGUCUGUGGGAGGUGUCCGUUAUGUCCUCGUUCACUCUUCUGACGAAGAGUGAACGACAAGGCCGCCAGACCGUUGGUGCCCGGAAGUAUGGCCGCCUGGCGUUCUCUUCAAAUGGAAGAAUACUCGCGACCUCUGAUGGGAAUGACAUCGAAUUACAAGCCAUUGGCAGAAAAGGAAAGGUGCUGACGCUCACUGGUCAUUCUAAAUCCACAACAGCGAUUGCCUUCUCGCCAGACAACACCCUACUGGUGUCUGGAUCGCUCGACAAGACACUACGAAUCUGGGAUACCAGCACUGGUUCAACAUUAUGCGAGCUUCAUGGUCAUCAAGGAAUGAUAUCUUCAGCAAGCUUCGCUUUGAGAGGCGAGAUUGUCAUUUCCACAUCCCGUCACGAGAGAUUGAUCUAUGUAUGGGAUGUCGCGAGUCGACGCAUACUACAUACUCUUGGGGCCCAUCAUGACAACAUCGUGGGUACUGCGGUGAGCUCCACCGUCCUGGCUUCGUACUCGCGAGACAGCAUGAUACAGUUCUGGGAUCUCGCAACGGUGACCAGCCCACAGCCUCGCUUCGACCGCCCCACCCCACUGCGUGAUGUCUAUCAUUCACAAUCGGAGAAAUUAGUGGUCGCAACGUCCUUGCGAGGGUUGGCGAUUCGAGUCUUCGACACGACGACCGAGCAAGAUACGAAGAAGUUGAUAGGCCAUGAAGCUUACGUGUGGCACGUGAAGAUCUCGCCAGAUGACCGACUUGUUGCUUCCGUAUCGGCGGAUGGCACGCUUCGAAUAUGGGAUAUUGCAAAGAGCUGCGAAAUUCAUCGGGUCGAAUAUCGAGGGUUGCCAACGGUCCGUUCACAGGGUUUGGACAUUGGUAUCUUGAAUCCACAUUCUAAGAACCUAUCGUCAAGCUCGGACAUCGUCCCCAUCUGGGACUUACUCGACGAGCGUUCCGUUCUGAAUGCGACUAAAUGUGUCACUCUGAUGUGGGUCGCGAUUUCCCACAGCGGACGAAUGGCAUCGUUGGACGAGGCAUAUGUCUUGCGAUCAUUGCCGACAGGCACGUUCUCCAGUCAAUGGCACAUCGAAUUUCCUGGCCAAGAUUGUUGUCUCACCUCGAUAGCUUUCUGCGCAGCACAAGAUCUGUUCGCAGCCGUUCGAAGUGACGGCAAGCUGCAGACAUGGAGCACGAAUAGCGGUAACCUCCUCUGGCAGAGGUCUUUAUCGAAUGUCUCAUCCCUGGAUUUCUCGAGUGACGGCAAAUUGCUUGCAGCAUCCCGCUCAUACAACGUCGCUCUCCUAGAUGCUUCAACAGGCAUGUGUGUUCACCGAAUCAGAAUAUGCACAGACUCAGCUCAAAGAUGCACCUUUGGUAAGGACGGCUCGAGCUUGCGUGUCCCAGGAGGCUUCCAGAGCUUGAAAUGUCUAAACAUUCCAGGAAGCUUCCAAAGCCUGACAUGUCGGCACAUCCCAGAAGCUUCCGAGAGCCUCACAUGUGAAGAGUUCGCCUGCCUAUAUCCGGCCGCGAAAUCUUCUCGUUCCCGACACAGUGUAAUCGUCGACGACGACUGGCUCUUCCUCGAUGGCCGCAGAAGGCUCUGGCUGCCCUCAGAAUAUGAUGCUUGGUGCGUAUAUGCUAACGAAGAAAAGAUCUUCAUUAUGCAUCAGGAUGGUUCAUCCAGUAUUUGGCGACUUCAUCCUCCAUGA